CACACAACCGACAAAAUGGCACCUGCAGCAACUGGAGGCAAGAAGCAGAAGAAGAAGUGGUCCAAGGGCAAGGUCAAGGACAAGGCCCAGCACGCCGUCGUUCUCGACAAGCAGACCAACGACAAGCUCCAGAAGGAUGUCCAGUCCUACCGCCUCAUCACCGUCGCUACCCUCGUCGAUCGCUUGAAGAUCAACGGCUCGCUCGCACGCAAGGCGCUUGCCGACCUCGAGGCCAACGGUCAGAUCAAGAAGGUUGUCGGACACUCAAAGCUCAGCAUCUACACACGAGCUAUCGGCGCCGAGGAGUAAGCUUUACGUAGCCGACAAUUAAACGAACGUAAAUGCGAAUCUCGGACACUUCUUUCAGUUUCUCUACGGCAUUCCUCUUUCCAUUACCCAUCGGCGUCUUCAUGAAAUGAACGGGUCAUACUAUAUUGGGAUGCAUGCUUCAUAGCGGAUAUGAAAUGAGAGGAACGGGCUCGGGUACAGUACCUAGAGUCCAUUGGAGGUGUCGGUUAUGUACUGAAUGAAAAGACUUCCGAAACACCAC